AUGAUUGAAGGUGAAUUUGAAGAAUCAUUGAUAGUUGUUGUGUUGUGGACCAAUGGUUUUAUUCCUAGCUCGUUUCGGGCGCUCUCGAGUUAUCUGAGGAUUGUUUCCUCGGGUGCUUCUACCGUUGCACGGUCAGCUGCGUCCGUUGCUUCGUCUAUUGUGGAUAGGGAUGAUGUUGCUGAUCAUGAUCAGGUGAUCUGGGCCGGGUUUGAUCAGUUGGAGGGCGAGGGUAAUAUUGUUCAACAAGUGCUUCUUCUAGGCUAUCGGUCUGGGUUUCAGGUUUGGCAUGUUGACGAAUCAAACAAUGUCCGGGACCUUGUUUCCAAACACGACGGUCCUGUUUCUUUUAUGCAAAUGGUUCCAAAUCCAAUUGCAUUAAAAAAAUCAGAAGACAAGUUUGCCAGCAGCCGUCCUUUGAUGGUAGUUUGUGCUGAUGGGCUCUUUACUGGUGGGAGCAAUGUUAAGGAUGGGUCGACUGGUCCUAAUGGAACCGCUUCGAACUCGCAUGACCAAAUGAAUGGCAACUAUAUGCCAACUACCGUUCAGUUUUAUUCAAUGAAAUCCCACUCAUAUGUUCAUGUAAUGAAGUUUAGAUCUGUUGUUUAUUCUGUACGGUGCAGUUCUCGAAUAGUUGCUGUUUCUCAAUCCACUCAGAUACAUUGUUUUAAUGCUACAACAUUAGAAAGGGAAUAUACUUUACUUACCAAUCCAAUAGUGAUGAAUUCUCCUGGAUCUGUUGGCAUAGGCUAUGGACCACUUGCGGUGGGUCCAAGAUGGCUGGCUUAUAGUGGAAGCCCAGUUGCGGUAUCCACUUCUAGCCAUGUCAGUCCGCAGCAUUUAACACCUUCUGCAAGCUUUCCUGGUUUUUCUUCAAACGGGAGCAUGAUUGCACACUAUGCCAAAGAAUCAAGCAAGCAUCUUGCUACUGGUAUUGUGACCCUUGGUGAUAUGGGAUAUAAGAAACUUUCCAGAUACUGUUCUGAAAACAAUGGUUCACUACAAUCUGCGAAUUCUGGAGCAAAGGUCAAUGGAAACAUUAAUGGCCAUUCGGCAGAUUUAGAUAACAUUGGAAUGGUCAUUGUUAAAGAUAUUGUCUCUAAAAAUGUUGUUGCCCAAUUUCGAGCUCACAAAAGUCCGAUUUCAGCCUUAUGUUUUGAUCCUAGUGGCACCAUAUUAGUGACCACUUCUGUUCAGGGUCAUAACAUAAAUGUUUUUAAGGUUAUGCCUGUGCGUGAGAAUUCGUCAGCAUCUGAUGCCGGUCCUUCUUACGUUCAUUUAUACAGGCUGCAACGUGGUUUUACAAAUGCGGUUAUACAAGAUAUUAGUUUCAGUGACGACAGCAAAUGGAUCAUGAUUAGUUCCUCGAGAGGCACUAGCCAUUUAUUUGCCAUAAAUCCUCAAGGAGGAUAUGUAAAUAUUCAGUCUAAUGAUGAUAGUCCUACAAAAAAUAGUGGAUUAAGCACUAUGACUAAUCAAGUAGUUCGCCGGUCUCCUAUGCCAGCCGUUCAAAUGCCUAAACAGCAGAGCCUGUACGUGGGUGGUCCUCCAAUCACACUUUCUGUAGUAAGCAGAAUCAGGAAUGGAACUAAUGGUUGGAGAGGCACGGUAAGUGGUGCCGCUGCAGCUGCAACCGGUAGGAAGAAUUCGCUUUCUGGGGCUAUUGCGUCGUCUUUCCGUAUUUUUAAAGGAAGUAGAGCCAUAUAUGGAGAAGGGAACAAUUCCAAGGCAAAUUAUCACUUGUUGGUCUUUUCACCUACUGGAUCGAUGAUACAGUAUGCUCUUCGGACAAUAACUAGCCAAGAUUCAGCUAUUGUUUCUGGAUUAUCUCCUGCUUAUGAAUCCACUCCACAGGCUGAUGCGAGAUUAGUGGUUGAGGCAAUGCAUAAAUGGAAUAUAUAUCAUAGUCGGAGAGAGCGAGAAGACAAUGUUGACAUAUAUGGCGAAAAUGGAAUUUCCGACAGCAGCAAAAUAUAUCCAGAGGAAGUAGAGGAGAACAUCAUUAACCCUAAAAUUAAAAAUGGCGUCACAAAAGCGUAUCCCUGUGUCAAUGAAGAGCAUCAUUUGUAUAUUUCAGAAGCGGAACUUCAAAUGCAUCCAGUUCAGAUUCCGUUAUGGGCAAAGCAAGAGAUAUAUUUUAAUUCAAUGUUGAAAGAAUCUACCAUAAUGGAUGAAGAAGCUGCUUCUGGAGGAGAAUUUGAGAUUGAAAGGAUUCCAACUUGCAUGAUUGAAGCUAGACCAAAAGACUUGGUUCCAAUCUUCAACUAUAUGCAGACCCCAAAAUUACAACAAACAAGGGCUCCUGCUAUGGAUAGCAAGAAAAAUGAACAUGUGUUGCAUCGCGGUUCUGAGCUUUUUGGAAAUGGUAGAGUUUCACCUAAACGUAUUUCGGAGUCUCUUGAGUGCACGACUAAUUAUGGUGGUGAGGUUACCAAUCAUAAAAGUCAGAUAGAAGGAACUGAGUGGGAUAAUCACAUGAUGCCGGUAGAAACUAACGGCUUUGUAAAUAACACUGACACCCUUAAACCAAAUUGUCAGCAUGAGAUUGUAAAUAACAGGAGAGAGCACUUAAACAUGGGGGCUCAUCUCAUGCGUGUAAAUAGCAACUCAAGUCCUGAAAGUGAGGAACAUCUUGAAGAAAACGAAGAUGAAUUCGAUUGA